UAGGCAGUCAUGCAGAUCUUCGUCAAGACCCUCACGGGCAAGACUAUCACCCUUGAGGUGGAGUCUUCUGACACCAUUGACAAUGUCAAAUCCAAGAUCCAAGACAAGGAAGGGAUCCCACCCGACCAGCAACGCCUGAUCUUCGCCGGCAAGCAACUCGAAGACGGUCGCACCCUUUCCGAUUACAACAUCCAGAAGGAGUCGACUCUUCACCUCGUCCUCCGUCUCCGUGGAGGUGCCAAGAAGCGCAAGAAGAAGGUCUACACCACCCCCAAGAAGAUCAAGCACAAGCGCAAGAAGACCAAGUUGGCCGUCCUCAAGUACUACAAGGUCGAUGGUGAUGGAAAGAUCGAGCGUCUCCGCAGAGAGUGCCCUACUCCCGACUGCGGUGCCGGUGUUUUCAUGGCUGCCAUGCACGACCGCCAGUACUGUGGACGUUGCCACCUGACUUACAUCUUCGAUGAGGCCGGAAAAUAA